AUGGACAACUUGAAGAUCAUGGUCUUCAGACCAACAAUGAGCGAAUUCAAAGAUUUCUCGAAGUACAUAGCCAAGAUUGAAAAGCAGGGGGCCCAUUUGGCUGGUUUGGCUAAGAUAAUACCCCCAAAAGAGUGGGUAGUUAGGAAGAAUGGUUACCAUGAUAUUGGUCACCUGGUUAUUCCCUGUCCAAUCACACAAGAGAUUUCAGGUCGUGAAGGAGUGUAUGAAGUGUUCAACAUAGAGCCACGUAAGCUGAAGAAGGGAGGAAUGACUGUGGAUGAGUUUAAAGCUAAGGCACAUAAUAAAGAACACAGCACGCCCUACCACACUGAUGCUGACGAUUUGGAACGCCGCUAUUGGACAAACGUUUCGUAUAACCCCGCCCUGUACGGGGCUGACGUGUCUGGGUCUCUCUUUGAUGAAGAUCAGCACGUCUGGAAUAUAGGCCACUUGAACACCAUAUUGGAUUCGGUGUUUGCCACCUUGGGGGACGAGGGCAAGGGUGGUCUUAAGAUAGAGGGUGUCAACACGGCUUAUCUCUACUUUGGCAUGUGGAAGUCUGCAUUUGCUUGGCACACUGAAGACAUGGAUCUUUAUAGCAUCAACUAUUUACACUUUGGAGCGCCAAAGUUUUGGUAUGCAGUCCCGCCGAAAUUCGGACGCCGGCUUGAAAGAGUAGCUCAAAUGUUUUUCAAGAACAAGGCAGACAAGUGUCCUGCUUAUUUGAGGCACAAGUCCUGUCUGUUAUCUCCACUCAUUCUUAAAAAGUUCAACGUACCAUUCAAUAAGAUGGUCCAAGAAGAAGGGGAGAUAAUGAUAACCUUUCCUUACUCCUACCAUGCCGGUUUCAACCACGGAUUCAACUGCGCCGAAUCAACAAACUUUGCUACUGAGAGGUGGAUUGAGUACGGGAAGAGAUGCAAAAGAUGCUACUGCAUCAAAGAGAUGGUCCAGAUCAACAUGGAUUGCUUUGUUGAAAGGUACCAGCCUCACCUCUAUGAUGAUUGGCUCAACGAUAGGGAUGUCGCACCACACCCUGAAGAUGACGAAAAGAAAAAGGUCAACCGUAGUAUGACCUUGGCGGGGUAA